AUUCGUCCACGUAGACUGUGACGUAAUGACGUCGUGCCGACCGGAAGUAGGACGGCUUGUACAGACGCCUGCCUUCCCGUAUAACACUGUUGGUACACAGUUGUUUCAGUCCAAAAAAGCCACAUUGCUUGCAAUUUGUUCUUGUCGAAGAAACAACAACCGUCAGACUGUAUCAUCACGAACGAGGAGAGGCUUCUUAUGAGAGGCGAGAGUGGUGUGCGGGAGCGACCAUGAGGUGACGACCGUGUGCUUCAACAAGGCCACGUGGUGGACAUAUGGCACGGAUCACGUUGUGGUUCCUGCCGGCGUCCUGGUACUGCGGCGUGGCCCCCAGGCAGAAGCUGCUGCUGCUGCUGGCCGCUUCGGUCCUGCUGCUCUUGGGCACCCACCAGAGGCUCCUGCGAAACCCGCGCAGACCGCAGGGGACUCGCUUCAGCAAGUACAGUAGCGUCCAUCUGACGACUGACCCCUCGGCCGCCUCUAGGUUCCUCCCCAUGGAGGCCACCGACGUGGAGGACGAGGGCCUCAAUUACGGCGUGGUGGUGGACUGCGGUAGCAGCGGCUCUCGCGUUUUUGUGUACUACUGGCCCCCCCACAACGGAAACCCCCACACGCUGCUCGACAUCCGCCAGAUGAGGGACCUGGACCGACAGCCGGUCGUCAAGAAGAUUAAACCGGGUAUCUCCUCGCUGGCGACCUCUCCGAGCAGCGCCAGCGACUACCUGCACCCUCUGCUCAGUUUCGCCGCCGCCCACGUACCCCGGCGCAAACACAAGGAGACGCCGCUUUACAUCCUCUGCACGGCCGGCAUGAGACUCCUGCCCGACAGCCAGCAGGCGGCCAUCUUGGACGACCUGGUGAGCGACGUUCCUCUGGAUUUUGACUUCCUGUUUUCCCGCUCUCACGCUGAGGUGAUCUCUGGGAAGCAGGAAGGUGUUUACGCCUGGAUCGGCAUCAACUUUGUGUUGGGCCGCUUCGACCACGCCGACAACGGUGAGAACGCCGACGCCGCCGCCGCCGUGGAGGUGAGCACCAACUCGCAGCACCAGCGUCCGAUCAGCCGCCGCCGCACGGUGGGCAUCAUGGACAUGGGCGGAGCUUCGCUGCAGAUCGCCUACGAGGUGCCCGGCGCCAUCACCUUCAGGUCCCCGCAGGAGGAGGAGGCGGCCAAGAGCGUCCUGGCCGAGUUCAACCUGGGCUGCGACGUGGAGCACACGCAGCACGUGUACCGCGUCUACGUCACCACCUUCCUGGGCUUCGGCGGCAACAUGGCCCGACAGCGCUACGACCAGCGCGUCGCCAACACCACGCUGGACGACAACAGGUCCCCGGGCGCUGGGACGACGGGGCUGAGCGAGGACAAGCCCCACCUGGACCCCUGCCUGCCCCUAGGCCUGUCGCACACGCUGCUCCGAGACAACCGCACCUUGUACCUCAGAGGCCAGGGGGACUGGCCACGCUGCCUGGACGCCGUCCGCCCCUUACUGGGCCUCCGCAACGGCACCAUGACCACGGCGGGGGCCACCUACCAGGCGCCCAUCAACUUCAGUAACAGCGAGUUCUACGGCUUCUCCGAGUUUUACUACUGCAUGGAGGACGUGCUGCGAAUCGGCGGACAGUACGACAGCGCCAAAUACUCCAGGGCCGCCACGGACUUCUGCGCCACCAAGUGGUUGACGCUGAAACAGCGUCUGGACAAGAAGCUCUUCUCCCAGCAGGCUGACAUCGACAGGCUCAAGUACCAGUGCUUCAAGUCGGCGUGGAUGUUCCAGGUUUUGCACGCCGGCUUCCGCUUUCCCGCCGACUACCGCAGUCUGAGGACGGCGCAGCUGGUCUACGACAAGGAGGUGCAGUGGACGCUGGGAGCCAUCUUGUACAAGACGCGCUUCCUGCCACUCAGGGACCUCCAGCAGGAGGCGCUGCGCCAGAGCCACCCCAGCUGGCUGCGUUCGUCCUUUGUCUACAACCACCACCUGUUCUCUCUGUGCCUGCUGGUGGUGGUCUUGGCCAUUUUGCUCUACGUCCUGCGCCUGAGACGCAUCCACCGGCGAGAACAGCGGCAGGUGGACGCGCUGGACAUGCUCUGGGUGGACGAAGGAGAGGUGCUCUUACCCUGAGAUGAUGGUUCCGUCGGCGCGUCAUGGCUCGGCAUUUUCCAUCCCUACAAAUGUCGUCUUGAUCAAAUGAUUUGAGCCAAAGCUGCUGCUGCCGCGGCGGCGGCGGCGGCGGCAGACUCUUCUUGGGCACCUGGAGGAGAAGUGUUCCUUUUUGCACAUUCCUUUUUGUUGGUUGUCAAAGUGAAGCAGAAAAGCUAUUUGUCCAAUGUGGGCAAGGUGCAAUCGUGAGUAAAUGUGAAUGCAGAUAUAUUCCAUGCCAAUAAAACCAACACCUUCU